AUGCUACUCGCCGUUUUGCUGAUGUUCGACACUUUUCAUCGCCGCAUGGCUGUUUCUGUAUUGACCAUGUUCGGCCAACAAAUCACCGGCCAGACAUUUACGAGCCAGUACAACGUCAUAUUUUACCAAUCGCAAGGUUUCGGGGAUCAGGCGUUCACAUCCAACAUGACAUCCUCCUACAUCAGUCUUGUCGGGAUUAUGUUUGUUAGCUGUAUAUCCACUGUAUCGGCCGACGGCCUGUUUUCCUGUUCGGUAGCUUCUUCAUGGCUUUAUGACUCUUCCUGCUCGGCGAAAUUGGGAAAUGGGAACCCUGAAGUCUUACACGAAAUCUCGGAAGGGGUUAGUUGCUGCCUGCUUGAUGCUGUUUGCAUUCUUCUUCAGCCUAUCCUGGGCACCGGUUUCCGUAGCUCCUAUGAUGUAUUUUCUGAGACAACCGCCCUUGGCUUUAAAGCUAGUCUUUUCGCCUGCGUCGUUUCUAUGUUGACGACAUUGGUCACGCCAUUCGCCGUUCCCUACUUGAUGAACACCGAAUACGCCAACCUUAGGGCCAAGCUCGGGUUCGUUACGGCUCUAUAA